AACUGAAGGGACGAUUGAGGGGCUAUCACUAUUAGGGUGUGGAAAUUAAGGUUUGAGCGACAAUAAGUUUUCGGAUGUUAUACAUCCCAAAUGAAGUUUUCGGAUGCACAACAUCCAAAAAUAUCAUCAUUUCCGAGGUUGGACAUCCGAAAUUAGUAUAUUUUCAUAUAUUUUACAUUUGAAAAUGGCUCUGUGAAUAUCUAGCAAGUCUGGAUAUUCACAGUGAAGUUUUCGGAUGUCAUAAUUCGGAUAUUGAACAUCCGAAAAGGGGAAAAAAUACUAUUGAAGCUGCAUCUAUUUUUGGAUAUUGAACAUCGAAAAACGGAAAAACAAUACUAUUGGAGCUGCAUCUAUUUUGGGAUGUUGAACAUCCGAAAUUUUCACAAAUUCGGAUGUUGAACAUCCAAGCAAAAUUGUCUUUUUUAAAAAUGAUAUAGAAGAUGAAAAACGAAUUGAUAUGUAAUAAAGAAAAUCAUUUGAUGUAACUACAGUAAUAACAACGUAACUAUACCAGAUUUUUAGGUAAUUUUCUCUUUUCAAUACAUGAAUAGCAAAUUUUUUAUGAGUAACGAGGUGAAGCUCUACUUAUUUGGCAUACGUGCUGCCUUAUCAAACCGUUUUCCUUCGGGAAUAUGCCACGUGUGCCUCAGCUUGGGUAGGGUGUACAUAAACCGCACAUGUAGGGUCAUACCAGUAAUUUAAAAAUAAGUAACCCGAUCCAAAUCGGGUGAUCCAGAUUAGAAAAUGCCGUGAGCUUCCCGGAUUCAGUAAAAAAAAAAGCCGGGAUUCCGAGUACAUGGAUAUAGGUAGUUUACUGGCUUCUUUUUCCAAAUUAAUCCCUCUUUGAGGGUUUUGAUUUAUGAGGUGGAAGGUUUGUUUAGAGAGAGAGAGAGAGAGAGAGAGAGAGAAAAUGGCUGGUAUUGAGUCGAUUAGUGUUGAUGAUGAUGAGAGAGAAAGAGGAAUGGAGCCUAGAAGGACUUCUAUCGCUUCUAAUGGCGAAGCUGCCCAUCUAGAGCUGGAGAUCAGUCCCCUGAUCGACCAUGAAGAACCCCAUGUUCAGAAACCCAAGAUGACAAUCUUCACUGUUUCUUACCCAAGAGAUAAAUCCAAGGAGCGGGAAGCAGUAGAAAUUGACACAGAUUGUUCUGUAUUUUAUCAAUUUGUUUUGUGGACAUGGAGCGGAUCGCGAUACUCAGGUUUCCUAUGCAUGGCAUCAUCUUCCGUGAUCUAUAGCAUCAUGGAAUUUUUGUUGCAACUAUUCCCAGUGAAAUCAAUUCCAUUAUUCGAAAUUAUCUUUGCAAGAUGUACAAUUAUCUUGAUCUUGUCGCUUGUGUGGUUGAGAAGGUAUGGGCAACCAGUACUUGGACCACCGCAUGUCAGAACUCUUUUGAUAUCAAGAGCACUGAUGGGGUAUCUAUCUCUAAUGACUUUUGUAUAUAGUAUUCAAAGGUUACCACUUUCUGAUGCAAUUCUUUUUAACUUGAGUACUCCCAUCACCGGAUCAAUUUUUGCCCAAGUCAUCUUCCAUGAGAAAUUGGCUCUUGUUGAUAUUGGAGGUUUAUCUUGCAGCUUUCUUGGCCUGCUAUUGAUUUUUCGACCGAUUUUUUUUCUACAAGGAGGAUUAUCAGAAGGUGGUGAAUAUAGUAUGGCACUUGUUUCUAAAGAAACUGUGGACAAAUAUGCAGUCCUAGUUGCCUUACUUUCAUCAUUGUAUGGUGGAGUUAGCUAUUGCUUGGUACGGGCAGGAGCAAAGGCAUCUGAACAACCUAUGGCCACCGUGUUAGCGUUUGCUCUAUUUGCCAGUCCUGCUGCAUUAGUGUGUACAUUAGUCUUUGAGGACUUCGUUCUUCCUGACAUGCAAACACUUCUUAUCAUGAUUAUAGUUGGAUUUUUGGCAUUUGUUGCAGAGUUGUUUUUGGCACGUGGGCUUCAGCUUGAGAAAACAAGUAAAACAACCAAUAUCCUAUUCAUUGAGGUCUUUCUGUCCCAAAUGUCAGGCUUCACAUUCCUUGGGCAGGCUCCAUCCUUUCUUAGACUCGUUGGUUGUAUGCUUAUUCUGGUUUCAGUUUUGAGUACAUUUUACUUUGGGCCUGAGAAAGUGCUGGAGUGAUGGUUCCUUAUGCCACUCUGGAUUGCUGAGCAUAUUGGUGGGGACCAGGUAGGGAUUCUAUUUCUUUUAUGAAAAGGCAUAAAAUACCUAACCAUCCACUGCAGAGCUAGAGAAUCCAUUGUUCGUCAUUAGCGGCAAGUGAAGAUUCUUCUCCGUCUCCCUCAAUCUCUUCAGUGUUGACCAUCGAUUUUGAGUUAGCAAUUGCAACUCCUAAGCUACAAUUUAUUUAUGGGGAAAUAUCUCCGUAUACUUUUUUUUAAGUUUUAUU